AGGUGUAUAGGAUUGCUUAUUAAAACUGAAAAUAUGCUUAUUACUUUUUUAUACAAUUUAUAAAGUGUUCCAGCAUUUUAACUAUAUUCUGUCCCUUAAAAAGUUAAACGUCUGAAACAAUGGGUUCCUCAACACAACUCAAGCUUCCAGUUAUUGAUUUAUCUUCAAAAAGUUUAGACUUGAAUUCAAGUUCUUGGGUUACAAAGUGCGACGAAGUUAGACACACACUUGAAGAACACAGAUGUUUCAUAGCCGUGUAUGAUGGAGUAUCUCGUGAACUUCGCGACGCAAUUUUCCUUGCAUCGCAAGAAUUAUUCAAUCUUCCUACUGAAGUGAAAGCUUUAAACAUUCUAGAUACACCAUAUAGUGGUUAUAGUGGGCAACAAGCCAUGCUUCCUCUUUAUGAAAGCUUAGGCAUUGAAGAUGUAACUACUGCAGAAGUAGCUGAAAGCUUCACAAAACUCAUGUGGCCCUCUGGAAAUCAAAGCUUCUGUGAAAGUGUGUUGAUGUACUCAAAGGCUGUAGCAGAACUUGAUCAGAUAGUGAUGAAAAUGGUAGCAAAAAGUUAUGGAAUAGAGGAACAUUAUGAAUCGAUACGUGGGUCGACCAUUUAUCUUCUAAAACCGACAAAAUACUUACGCGCUCAAGGGAAUGAGAAAAGUUUGGGGCUUCUUCCACACUCGGAUAAAAGUAUGAUGACUUAUCUUCAUCAAAAUGAAGUAAAUGGUCUAGAGAUAAUGACAAAAGAUGGGGAGUGGAUUGAAGUUGAUUAUACACCCUCGUCUUAUGUUGUCAUGGCAGGAGAUGCUUGCAUGGCAUGGACAAAUGGAAGAAUCGAAUCGCCAACUCACAGGGUGAUGAUGACGGGGGACAAAGACAGAUUUUCACUGGGGCUGUUCGCAUUUGUUAGGGAUCACAUCAUACAAAUACCUCAAGAACUUGUUGAUGAAAACCACCCUCUGCAAUUUCAGGCCUUUGAUAAUUACAAGUAUAUGCAGUUCAUUGACACUGCUAACUCAAAGUGCCCCAUCAAAACCUACUGUGGAAUUUCAAGCACCAACAUUCAGUGAGAUAUCUCUAUAUUCUAACCAACUGUGUAUUGUUCAAAUCCGAGGUGGCACCACUGUUUCGUCAUAUGUAUGGACUAUGUGUAUGCUUAGAGUUGUUUCUUGUUUUCCUAUGCUCAAAUAUUAAUCACUGUAUGAAUGCAUAAAGUUUGUACUACAAUCAAUGAUAAUAAAUCGAUAUUUCUAAA